AUGACACUAACAAACAGCUCGAUGGAUUUAACGUUAACAAUGUCCGAAAAAGCAGCUAUGACCAAAAGCAAUCAAUACAUCGCUAAUCAGCGUCGUCAAAGCCUGCGAAUGUUAAACAAUCGCCGUCUUUCAUCUCUUCUUCUCGAUACAAUGAAUGAAUGCGUUCAAACUAUACAAAACAUGGAAGAUGAAAUUCUUCUACCAAUACGACUUAAGGACAUGUCUAUAGAUGAACUCAUUUUUGAUAAUUCGAAUCAACCCGAUAACUGGCAUGAGAUUUAUACAUUCGUUCGUCAGAUGAAAAAUCAAUUACAGUGCAUAUAUCCGUUUGCUGAUGACGAUAGUGAAAAUGGCAGCAGACAGAGCAAGUCCGAUUCAGAUGAAAAACAACGAAAAUAUUCGAAUGAUGAUGAAGGCAUCACUAUGUUAGAAGGUUCGUCAUCAACAUCCUCGGUUGCUUCGUCCGAAGAAUACGAACAAAAUUCCACUACAUCUUCUGUUCCAACUUCAUUCGAAACAAUCAAAGAUGAGCUGAAAUAUCACUACUAUGGGCUCUUUCAGUCAUUGAAUGGUCUGACACUAAUGGCCAAUCGUGUACGAGACAGAUAUCGCGAAGAAUCCAACUAG